UCCCAUCUAGCUCAGCCAUCCAGGUCUCCUCUCGUGAAGACAAGAAGUAUGCCACGCUGUUCCAGUCGGUGGUCCUGCCGUGUCAAUACUCCAGCAUGUCCACCCAGACGCCUGUGAUCCAAUGGUGGUACAAGUCUUACUGCCGCGACCGCACCCGCGACGCCUUCAGCUUCCCGGAGGGCCUGGGGGUAAGGGGCUCCUCGUCCCAUGUAGACUGCUCCGAUUCUAGCCGCACCGUCCGCGUGGUGGCCUCCGUCACCGGAUCCUCCAUCACCCUGGCCGAGCACUACAAGGGCAGAGAUAUUACUAUCAUCAACAAGGCUGACCUGCGUAUCGGGGAGCUCCAGUGGGGAGACAGUGGGGUUUACCUGUGUAAGGUGAUCAUCUCUGACGACCUCGAGGGCAGGAAUGAGGCCCCUGUGGAGCUUCUGGUGUUGGGUGAGUCCUCAACUCCCCUUCUCAGCCCUACCCUCUCCUCCCUCCAACCCUCCAUCUCUCCCAGUCAUCUACCACCCUGCCUCUGACCUACUGUCAGGUUGA